GAAAACGAGGUAUCUUCACAAGGAAAACCAGACACUAAAAAAGUGUCCCAAACUCUGAAGAGGUAGAAACAUGACCGACUGUGGACUUAGGGAUCCUCCAGAGGACUCUCAGAAGGAUUUGAAAAAUGAUCCACCAAUAAAUUCUCAGACACAGGAGACCACAGUCACACCAAGUGAUACUGAAGAAGGUCAGGUCCUACACCCUGCCUCUGGACUUAACAAAGACCAGCAAGAGGUAGAGAUUUCAAAAGGCCCAGAAUGUGAAGACACUGGUGAUAAAUCAGAAAGCCCAGAUGAAAUAAAUUUUGAGAAACAUCAAAAGGAUAAAGCAGAGCAUGAGAAUAGCCCGAGUUUUCAGGAUGGAGAGCAAGGGGAUCACCUCUCUUCAGAAAGUCUGGGUGAGGAACCCUUGGAUCCAGAUCCUAACCCUUCUCCAAGCGACAAGGUGGGAAGAGCGAAUGCACACUUGGGAAGCAGUUCUGCAGCUUUCCCUGAGGAAGCGAGGGACAGAACUGAAACCUCUCAGGAGCCACCUACUGCAGAUUCUCCAGGUGCCCACAGUUCAGGUCAUCCCAGUUCAGGGCCAGAGAGCCAGGAUUCACUGAGGAGGCGACUGCCUGUGCCAGAGGCCAAAAAUCAUAAAGAAGAAGCACAAGCAGUGGAAGAGAAUGAAGAGCUUGCACGGGAUACCUUGAGAAAGAUUAAUAAAAAGUGCUUUUGGCGCUAUGGUCCUGUGCUUCUUGGCCUCCUGGUUGUGGCUGUUGCGCUAAGCUCCGUUAGUAGCUACUAUUCCUCUCCAUCCCAUCAAGUGCCCAAAAAUCCAGCUUUGGAGGCCUUUUUGGCACAGUUCAGCCAAUUGAAGGAUAAAUUUCCGGGCCAGAGUUCCUUCCUGUGGCAGCGAGGACGUAAGUUUCUCCAGAAACACCUCAAUGCUUCAAAUCCCACCGAGCCAGCCACCAUCAUAUUUACAGCAGCUCAAGAGGGAAGGGAGACCUUGAAGUGCCUGAGCCACCAUGUUGCUGAUGCCUACACUUCUUCCCAGAAGGUCUCUGCCAUUACAAUCGAUGGGGCUGGAAGAGCCUCACAGGACAGCGACACAGUCAAGCUGUGGGUUGACUUGGAGCUGAGCUAUGGAUUUGAGAGUGGUCAGAAGGCUGCUGUGGUACACCACUUUGAGUCCCUUCCUGCAGGCUCCACCUUGAUCUUCUACAAAUAUUGUGAUCAUGAGAAUGCUGCCUUUAAAGAUGUGGCCCUCAUCCUGACCGUUCUACUAGAGGAAGAAACAUUAGAAGCAAACGUAGGCCCAAGGGAAACUGAAGAGAAAGUGAGAGAUUUACUCUGGGCCAAGUUCACCAACUCUGACAACCCCAGCUCCUUCAACAAUAUGGACUCAGACAAAUUAAGUGGUCUGUGGAGUCGUAUUUCACACCUGGUGCUGCCUGUCCAGCCAGUGCAGAUCAUAGAAAAACAGGGAUGCCUUUUAUAAAACUAAGCACAGAGUUAGUUGUAGAAAGCCUGGGGCUUCCAAAAAAGUCAGUUUAAAGGUCUUUCAUUUCUGUGGAAGGAGGUCGGUACCUGUGUGGGAACAGCCUGAAAAGCACAAUUGAGUUUAUUUUAGAGAAGAUCAUGUCAUUUACUUUUUGUAAAAUCUUUCUAAUCUUAGCUUUGACAAAGCUAAAAAUUGACCUUUUUCUUUUGCCUUUUUAAGCAAAUCGUGUUGGAUAUAUAAUGUAAAACUGAGGAAUUUUUUUAAGUCCCAAAAUACAGCAACAGAAUCAUUGCACAGGAAGAUAUACUUGUCAGAGUAACUACAGAGUGAUUUUUGUUUUCUUGAAUGUUACUCUAAAGAGCCUUUUUGAUAGUGUUUCGACUUGGACUAAAGCAAUUACAGUCAUGAAGCAAUGUUAAUUUUUAGAAAA